AAAAGAGACGAGCAAAGUACCUGACGCUGCCAUUCAACACCUCAACAGCCCAUCGAGGAGAGAAGCUGUCGCUCUGCAGAAUUCUCGACCUCUGUAGACUGGCAAACCUCCGUGGGAAGGCUUUGACUUUGGCGCUGCAGCUGACGUCCACCUCCUCAACACUCUCAAGAGGCAGAAACAUGGCGACUGCGCAGGAGUAGUUACCUGUAGAGCAACAGAGACUUUACCAGAAUCUGUGCCACCAUCACAUCUGCCAUGAUGACUUCCUGUCAGGAGUUUGAGGUGACCGUCCACACCUCACCUGGUCCAACCUGUGGAACCUUCAGCCGCCUGUGGCUCAACCUGAUUGGCUCGCGGGGAGAGACUCCGCCCAUCAGCGUGAACGACGGCGACCAUCAUCUCCUGCCCGGAUCUGCCUGUCGAGUCCAGGUCCAGACCCGUAGUCCUCUGGGGCACCUGGUUUUGGUCCGGCUCCGGCUGAAGGCUCAGACGGGAUUUCCAAACCUGGGCUGGCACUGCAGUCGAGUGGAGGUCCGCGAGCUGGCCGAAAGACCGGGGUCAGGACCUGAGGGUUCAGAAACGCAGGUGUUCCCCUGCGACAAGUGGCUUCAAACAGCAGAUGGCGACGUAGAGCUGCGGCGCGGGAAGUUGAGUUUGCUGAAGGACGAGACGGAGGAGAAGCUGAAGCAGCAGAGACUCAAACAGCUGCAGCAGCAACAGAAGCUCAUCAGAUGGCGUACGUUUGUAGAUGGCUCUCCACAGUGUGUGGACCUGAGCAGUCUGUCUGAACUCGGCCCAAACCUCAGCUACACCCACAAAAGUCCAGCCCCAAACAUGCACUAUCUGAAGGGCUUCGCCGGCCGAGCUGAGGCCUGGACGAGUUUCACAGAGCUGGAGAUGUUUUUUGCCCAAAGUGGACACCAGAACAGCAUCGCCAGGUUCGUUAGGACUCACUGGAUGGAGGACUGGUAUUUUGGCUACCAGUGUCUGAACGGUUGCAACCCUCUGCUGCUGCGUCAGGUCCAUCUCCUCCCUCCACACCUGUCCGUCACCCCAGACAUGCUCCGCCCCUUCCUGCCAGAAGACUCCUCCCUCAAGCAGGAGCUACAGAAAGGAACCAUUUACCUGUUGGACUACGAGGUUUUGGACGGCAUCCCGGCCAACGUCAUCAACGGGAAGCAGACGUAUCUGUGCGCCCCGCUGUGCCUUCUCCACCUGAACCAGCAGCAACAGCUGGUCCCCAUCGCCAUCCAGUUGCAGCAGACACCCAGCCCUCAGAACCCGGUCUUCCUGCCCUCUGACCCCGGCUGUGAUUGGCUGUUGGCUAAGAUUUGGGUUCACAGCGCAGACUUCCAGUGUCACCAGUUGGUCUCCCACUACCUGAAGACCCACAUGCUGGGGGAGCUGUGCUGCAUAGCCAUGCUGCGACAGCUGCCAGAGGUCCACCCACUGCACCAGCUGCUGAUGCCACACGUGAAGACGUCGCUGCAGAUAAACUUCCAGGCCAGAGCAUCGCUGCUGGCUGCUGACGGGGUGUUUGAUAAGGUGGUGGGAUGUGGUCUACAGGCCAUACCCCUCGUCCUGUCCCGGGCGUCACAGAGGAUCCAUUAUCGAUCCCUUUGUGUCCCCGAUGAUCUGUCUGACCGUGGCGUGGACAAGCUGCCGCAGAGCCACUACGCCCAGGACGCACUGAGGGUCUGGGACGCGCUGCACAGGUUUGUGGUCGGCUGGGUGGAUCUGUAUUACAGCGCAGACAGUGAGGUGCAGCAGGACUCUGAACUUCAACACUGGAUCACCGACAUCAACGGACACGGCUUCACGAACGACUCGGGUUUCCCUCAGGUUUUCCAGACCAAAGCUGAAGUGUCCAGGUUUGUCACCAUGAUCAUCUACACCUGUUCAGCUCUGCACGCCGCCGUCAACUUCUCCCAGCUAGAUUUCACUCUCUGGAUGCCAAACUGUCCGGCCUCCAUGUCGCGUCCUCCUCCGGAGGUCAAAGGCUCGGUGACGGAGGAAGACAUCAUGUCCUUUCUGCCGGAUGUGAACUCGACCUGUCGCGUCCUGAUGGCGCUGACUCUGCUCUCGCAGCCCACCGUUAACUUUGUUCCUCUGUGUCAGUACAAGGAGGCCGUCUUCAGAGACGACGCCCACCGCAGGCUGGUGGUGGAGGUGCAGGCUGAACUCAAGACCAUUUCUGACCACAUCUCAGAGCGCAACAGCCAGCUGGAGCUGCCGUAUCCUUACCUCUGCCCCGAACACAUCGAGAACAGCGUGGCCAUUUAACUCAACAUUUAGUCCUCAACCUAAAUCCGAUAGAAUCCAGUGUAAUCAGCUGUAUGGGACUAUCAGUCUACACUUUUUACUCAUUUUCUCCAUCGCUUGGCUGAAUUUUAACUAUUAUAAAAAUUAAAUUGCCAAGUGAAUGUACUGUAAGGAAUUAAUGACUCAUAUUGCGGAUGUAAACCCUCUGAGACAAACAGAUCUGGUUUAUUUCUAUAAAAAUGAACUUGCACAAGUUCACAACUUUUAUUGUCAGUAGGGCUGCGACAAAAUAAUUCGUUCAUUAUUGAUCAAUCUCUCAGUUAAACUUGGAGCCAAACGCUGACAGGCAGGAAAGACAAACACAUUCGCAAUGUGUAAGACUACGGUUUGCUUUGGAAACGUCCUUUUGAAAAUGUGCAGGAUUUGUAGAAAUGGUGAUGUCCCAGGAUGUCCCCAAACACAUGGGCCGGUUUCACCAAAUCUCCAACAAUCUCUAGGCUAUGACUUUUGACACGGGAUCAUUUUGACAUUUAAUUAGUCGAUGCAAAAGCCACGCUUGCAACCCUUGAGCAUGCGAGAGCCGUGUCGGACUCACAUUUAUCAGCCAUUUGUGAGGGAAACGGGGCCCUGGUUUAGAAUUCAGCAGGCGUAACAGGAUACGGCCGUCUGCAAGUUCGGGCAAAUUCCGUAUUUUUUGAUUUUUGAAGUGAAAAGAAGUGAAUCCAACCCCCUGCAGCAAACAGACAUUAAAAACGAGCCAUUAUUCAAAUGCUAAUGCUGUGCUACUUUUUUUUAUUUCAUCAACUUAAAAAAUAGAUAAAAACAAAACAGUAAACAUGUACAAACCAUAGAGCGCCCUACCUACGCUCAACCUUUGCAUACAGCUGUACAGAGCAGAACGGUUACCUGCAUUACAUUUGACAGUGAUUUAGAUACGUUUAAUUCUUUAAUGCGGUAAAUUUUGUUUGUUGUGGUUUUCUUUGCAUUUGCUCAAAAUCUGAAGGCACAACUGUCUAAAACGAAACCACUAAUAAUACAGCAAUGGUACCGACAAUGACAGUAAAGUGACAAAAAUAAAUUAUGCUCCACG